AUGCGUGCGGUGCGGGUAAGAGACGUAAAUAGCAAGCAAUUUGCAUCGAUGAGUCUUUUCUUACCAAUUCCUACAAAUCAGAUUGAAUCAUUCAUCGCCAAAUUCCAAGCCAUUCAAGCCAAACUUCCAAGCCAACCGAGAAAAUACAAGAACAGAAGGAGAAAUCCGAACAGAGGAGGCAAGAAAGAAGAGAAUGUGGUCCUUGUUAUGAUUACGGGAAGCUCAUCAAAUAAACUAUAUGGUAUGAUUCAAGGAAAUCUCAACCUCAACAGAGAGAGAUGGCAGGCGUGCCUGGUCGCUUUUGGUUGUGGCCUUUCAAAUUUCAGAUUCCCCUUGACGACCCGUUACACCAAGCAUUCCCCGAUCAUCGGCUACAUUGAGCCUUGCACAGAGAGAGUUGAAUCUAGCUUCAGCUGGUUGCCACCAUUAUUACGCUCAACCUUCCUUCGUAUUCAAUCAUUUGUCGGUAAACGGCGGUUAUGGGCAAGAACACGACACCGUAACUUUUGGUCCGAGGUAUCCAGGUACAGAUUCACAUUUAGUAUCGGGCGCGUAAGAGAAAUUACUCAUCAAUUGUUUGCCUUCUUGCCAUCACCCCUCACUCAAAGUCUCACCCGCCGUUCUGCCAAGCGGGGAUUCAAAUCAUAG